UGCACGGUGGAGUGAAUGCAGCUGCCGAUCCUGGCCUCGUCGGUGGUUAGCCUGUACUUCCUGGAGCUCACGGAUGUCUUCAAGCCCGUGCACUCGGGGUUCAGCUGCUAUGACCGCAGCCUCAGCAUGCCGUACAUCGAGCCCACCCAGGAGGCCAUCCCGCUGCUCAUGCUGCUGAGCCUGGCCUUCGCGGGGCCUGCCAUUACGAUCAUGGUGGGGGAAGGCAUUCUCUACUGCUGCCUGUCCAAGCGGAGGAACGGCGUGGGCCUGGAGCCCAACAUCAACGCCGGGGGCUGCAACUUCAACUCCUUCCUCAGAAGGGCCGUCCGAUUCGUCGGUGUUCACGUGUUCGGCCUGUGCUCCACGGCCCUCAUCACGGACAUCAUCCAGCUGUCCACGGGGUACCAGGCGCCCUACUUCCUGACGGUGUGCAAGCCCAACUACACCUCCCUGAACGUCUCCUGCAAAGAAAACUCCUACAUCGUGGAAGACAUCUGCUCGGGCUCGGACCUCACCGUCAUCAACAGCGGCAGAAAAUCAUUCCCUUCCCAGCAUGCGACCCUCGCUGCCUUUGCCGCUGUGUACGUGUCGAUGUACUUCAACUCCACGUUAACGGACUCCUCGAAGCUCCUGAAGCCCCUCUUGGUCUUCACGUUCAUCAUCUGCGGCAUCAUCUGCGGGCUGACGCGCAUAACGCAGUACAAGAACCACCCGGUGGACGUCUACUGCGGCUUCCUAAUCGGAGGAGGAAUCGCUCUGUACUUGAUCCCCGCGUCCACCGAGGGCGAGGGCAGCGGCUCCUGGAAGUGGAAGGCCCCGGAGAAGGGCAGCCUGCGCCAGACCUACGAGCUCAACGACCUCAACCGGGACUCGGAGAGCUGCGAGUCGCUGCGGGACAGCCUGGGCUCCGGGGAGCGCAAGCGCGGCAACAUCGACGGCAGCGACCACCACCACCACGGCGUCACCACCAUCCGCGUCACCCCCGUGGACGGCAGCGAGGGCGGCUCCGAGACGCUGUCCGUGUCGUCCUCGCGCGACUCCACGCUCCGCAGGAAGGGCAACAUCAUCCUGAUCCCCGAGAGGAGCAGCAGCCCCGAGAACACGAGGAACAUCUUCUACAAGGGCACCUCCCCCACGCGGGCCUACAAGGACUGAGGGCCGCGCCCCCAGACAGACCAGCGUGGAUCCUACUCGUGCGCUGUCCCAGCAGAUGGGGGGGCGGGGACAGUGAGACUUUGCACCAGACUAGCUCCUCCAGCAUCCGUGACUCACGCACCCGUGGGAGCUGCUACCCUCAGCGCGUGGGGUGCCCCGGGGGAGGGAGAAGCACAACGCGAGGACCUCAGCGAGGCCGGGAGCUCAGCGGGGGGCCAGCUCAGAAGACAGCGGUUGCCUUCCCUGUAUGCUAUGUCACUCCCCAAAUGUGCCAACAUAAGGGAUCUCCCCGCCUCUUUCUAAUUAGCAGUGGGGGUCCAGACCUCGGUUCCCCACGCACAGGCCACCGGUUUUAUAUAUCCAUUCAGCAGAAUCCGCACCCCACACUCCCCGUGGGGGUGCUGGUUAGUCUAGUCAGUGCAUCUCCCACGCCACCCCCAGCCCCCCCAGCCCCCCAGUUCUACCUAGCUGUGCAGUAGUGUGUGCAGUCCCCGUCGGAGAAAUGCUACUGUGUGAGAGGACGCUGGCUGCUUCGUGGUAGACGUGGGCACCCCGUAGCUCCCCCAUAGUGGCUGUCACCAUCCACACAUGCAAAGGUUUGGUGCAUUUUUUUUUUCUUCAAAGUUAUGCUUUCUUCAACAACAACAACAACAUUGUGUAUUUUCAGCAAAAGGGAAUCGCUAAGUGCUUUCUGCAUUGUUUUUGUUUCUUUGCGGCUUACUUUUUAUUUCAUUGUAGGCACUGCUAAUGAAGAAUCCGGCUUCCAGGGAGUAAAUUUGCUUCACUUAAAAAUAUAUUGUUUCAGAGAGAGCUUUUUGAAUGGUUGUGAUCCUACUCGGUGUUUUAUGGCUUAUCCUUUAUUUAUUGAUUUUCUAUAUAUUUUUUGAUGUUAUAGAUAAGCUCUGCUAUUUUUAAAGUGAAAACAACCAUUGACAUGUCUUCAGUGAAAUGUAUCGCUGUGAACUUAGGAACAAGGAACCUGAACCAAAACUUGACCUGGUGGCUACCUUGCUGGCUGGCUUAGGCUGCUCUUUGAACAAGUCAUCCAAGAAUUCCACACAGUUCCAGGUUAUUAGCUUUUUUGAUGUCCUGACGACCAGUAAACUAGGGCCACAUCGGUGGGUUUCACCUUCUUCCUCAUUUUUGUUCAUUCGACACCCACAGGAAGAAUGUGAAACAGAUGCAAAUGGAUAACAAAAGCAUCUCCCACAAUAAACGAAGGCUGCAUUUCUUUAAAACAUCUAAA